AUGAGCAGACCUGAGUGUCAGGGUCAGGUGGGAAGGUUGGCAGCUGGGUGACGGUGGUGGGAGGGUUAUAAAGCGCCAACACAGUCACCCAUCACCACACUACCCAUCCCCCCAUCAACAUGCUGUUCUUGGCCAUUGUCUCAUCUCUCUUCCUUCUGCAGGCACAGGCGUCGGUGGAGCUAUGCGUGGCGGACUGUUCUGGCGCGAGGGAGGGCGGGAAGGUGAAGGACCCGGUCAACUGUCUUCGCUACUACUACUGCAGCGACCCUGACGGCUCCGGCACGCUCGUUCCCUCCCUGGUCCCCAGCACCUGUCCUACUGGGUACUUCUUCAACGCGGCGGCGAGCGUGAUGGAGUGCGAGAAGAUCGUCCCGAAUACCGACUAUUGCAAAAAUCUGUGCAACCCGUGUCACCUGCAGUGUGUAGACCCAGGUAGUUUAUUACCAUACCCAUUGAACUGUAACUUGUAUAAAAUCUGCCUUGAUGACGGCUCCUCCUUGGACGUAGCGUGUCCCGUCGAGCACCCAUACUUCGAUUUCCAGACGGGAAUGUGUACUGACGACGCCUCCCUGUGCUACAACGCCUGUGACCCCUGCGAGACAUACUGCGUGGCGGAGGGCAAGACUCCCGACCCCAAUAACUGCUGGGGGUACUUCUACUGCGACCCUCCGGAGACAGCACCCUUCCUCUGCCCUGAAGGAGAGGCCUUCGACCCUGACGACCUGAUCUGUGCGCCUGCUACCAACUGUACUAAUCUUUGUUUAACUUUCUGACUUGAGUUAGUGAAUGUCAACGUUUGAAUAAAUGUUUUAAUAUGUGGA